CCUGCUAGUGCUAGGUAGCUUAGUGCAGUGGCUACUGAGAGAUGGGAUCAGCGUACCAACCGCUGGAUCCAUACAACCAGAAGCCAUCCAGCAAAAAGUAUGGCUGUUUCCUCUCCAAACCCGUCUGCGCUUGGCUCGCCUGCGGCUUCCUCUUCCUGGCGCUCCUCCACCUCCUCUGCUGCUCUCCUGACGGCACCCAACAGGCGUUGUUCUCUCCUCUGCGCCAGUAUAUAAACAACACUUACUCCUUCGUCUCGUCAGUUCCGGGAGGAGGAAGGAGCUGCAACUAUUCUGUGGGAAACUGGGUGUGGGCGCCGGGCCACGCGCGGCGGUACAAUGCCACGGAGUGCAACGCCAAGGAGAGCCACGACUGCAUCCGCAACGGGCGGCCCGACACGCGCUACCUCGACUGGCGGUGGCAGCCGGCCGGGGGGUGCCCGCUGCCGGCGUUCGACGCCGGGGCGUUCCUCUCGGCGGUGCACGGCAAGCACGUCGCCUUCAUCGGCGACUCCAUGGCGCGGAACCAGGCCCAGUCCCUCAUCUGCCUCCUCACCGCCGCGUUCCCCUACCGCCUCCUCUACCGGGACGUGGGCGAGGUGCGCAAGUACAACUUCUGGCGCUACGUGUUCCCGACGCACGACGUCAAGGUGUCCUACUACUGGAACCCGUUCCUUGUCAAGGCCACGGGUAAAUCGGUGGACGACACCAUCCGCGAGAACCACGUCCAUCUCGACACGCCCGGCGACCGCUGGGCGGCCGACGCCGACACGUUCGACGUGGUGGUGCUGGCCGCCGCGCACUGGCUGUUGAACGGGGCCAUCUACUACAACAACAGCGAGGUGAUCGGCGCCCACAAUCCACCCCCGGAGCUCAACACGACCGGCCUAGGCUACGCGUGGCCGCUCCACAUGGCGUACCGGACAUCGGUGGAGCGGCUGAGGUCGUCCGCCGCCGGGCGGCCGAGGACAUUGGUGCUGGCCACCUUCUCGAUGUCUCACUUCGAAGGCAAACCCACCGACGACCCCACGGCAUGCACGAGGACGGAGCCGUACAAGGAUGGGGAGAAGGACAACGAGUGGGUCUUUAGGGAGGUGAGAGACAUCGUCUACGAUGAGGCCGAGGCGGCGAGGGCGAGGAGCGGUGAGGACAACAGCUCGUUGAGGAUCGAGGUGCUGGACGUGUCGAAGCUGGCCUCGCUGCGGCCGGAUGGGCAUCCUGGCUUGUACAUGCGCCCCAACCCACUCGCGAACGGCAUGCCGGAGAAGAUGUACUCCGACUGCCUCCACUUCUGCCUGCCCGGGCCGGUCGACACCUUCAACGAGAUACUGCUGCAGAUCCUGAGGAAGAAGCGGUGAAACGGAGAGCCGUCUGUGGCAUGCUCGUGGAUGCGUGCGUCCAUAGGCGUGUUAAGUAUUCUUCUGCUUGAAAAAAAAGCUCUAAUGACUGUAUCAUGUUUUUGGGGGAAAAGGCGAUUGUAACUUUUUGUUUUCAUAUUGGAGCAACUUGGUCGAAACUGAGUACAAGGAGAUUACUGUAAGUUACUAAUUUGACUUCUUUUAUUUGGA